AUGCGGAACCUGCGAGGGAUGAAGCGACAUAAACAACAGCCGGUCCUGCGCAGACCGGUGUACCUUGUCUUUGUCCUGGUGGCUGUGAUUUACCUUUUCCUGAAAACCAUCCUUCUUAGCUAUGAAACCGGUCAAUCGCACGAAGCAGCUCGUUUUGAAUUGUUCCAACCUAAUAGCACCCACCCCAUCAAGAGUCUCAUGGCCGAAGCCAAUCGACAAUGGCAACUCUACGAAGAAAAGCACCACUCGAAGACCCUCGCUGAAGCAGUCACGCUGUACCGAGAAAGACAUGGUCGACACCCCCCACCAGGCUACCAAAAGUGGUGGGAGUACGCACGCAAGCACAACGCCCACAAUGUCGACGAUUUCCACCAGAUCAUCAAUGACCUGCGGCCCUUCUGGGCCAUGACCCCGAAAAAGAUCCGCCAACUGGCCGCCUCGCUCCCAGACAGUGAAGGGAUGGCAGUCUUACGGAUUCGGAAUCACAAAGUAGAGCCGCAAUCAACACAUUGGCGGGCAGAGACGCUGGCAGCAUCGGUGACGCGGCUGGCGGAAUUCUUGCCGGACAUGAAUAUUGCCGUAAACACCAUGGACCAGCCUCGGGUCCUGGCUACCUACGAGCAAAUACAAGAGUUCUUGAAAGUGGAAGAGGAGACACGAGCCCUGCCUGCAAACGCGGAAGAUAGGUUCACUCCUCACAUGGAUCAUUUCGACGCAAAUAUCAUCGAAGGGGAGAAUCCAGGAUGGCUGAAUGUGGCCGCACAACCGUACAUGAAGUUUGCCAAAGAUGCCUGUCCCCCAGAUUCGCCAGCGCGCAAUCCCGAGCUACAGGGAGUGGACCGGCGAUACAAAUCGACGCUCGGGGGGACUAGCAUCAACAAUGACAUCUUGUUCCCCGCGAAUAUGUACACCUACAAGGAUGAGCGAUACACCUACAGUCCCAAGUUUGACUAUAAAUGGGCUGCAAAGAGUACCAAGCUCCUUUGGCGCGGGGUCACAUCCGGGGGAACACAGUUCGCAAGUAGUUGGAAUCGACUGCAUCGCCAGCGCUUUGUCCAACUCACAAAUGCCACCGAGCUGGCCGGAAAGAAUGUCUCUCUCCUGACCAAAGACGAGGAAGGCCGCUACAAGCCCGUCUCCGAUUUUGCGCCAUCCAAAUUCGCCGCGUCACACUUUGAUGUGGGGUUUACCCAAGCUUGGGGGUGCAUAUCUGAAUGUUCCUUCUACGAAGGAGUCUGGACGUACCAGCAGCCAACAGCAUUCAGCGAGCAAUUCAAAGCCAAGUACUUGAUUGACAUUGAUGGCCACAGCUUCUCUGGCAGAUGGCGGGCGUUCCUCCAAAGUAGGUCUCUCGGCAUCAAAGCCACUAUUUUCCGAGAAUGGCACGAUUCCCGCCUGCUGGCGUGGAGGCACUUUGUGCCUAUGGACAACAUGUUUGGCGAUCUGUAUGCCCUGAUGACUUAUUUCAUCGGGAUCAGCCCAGCAGCAUUUUUCCCAUCAUUCGGGGGAGCAGGCGUUCAUGUACCAGCCCAUGACGCGGAGGCCCAGGCGAUCGCCACGCAGGGACGCGACUGGGCGCAAGUGGCGCUACGCGAUGAAGAUAUGGAAAUCUACCUGUAUCUUCUGUUGCUCGAAUAUGCCCGCGUCAUCGACGAUAACCGGGAUCACAUCGGGUACAGCGGCGAUGGAACGCCGUUGGAUCUCAACAAGUAG